CACUCCCGCAGCGAGGACUUGGACCUAGCAACUCGCAGCUCGCCAGAAAAGUUCCAAGCCAUGACGUCGGUGACGCAGCAUCUGAUCUGCCUGCUGGUGGUCUACAGCAGCCUGCAGCUCCACCGGCUGACCGAGGGCUGCUCGUGCGCCUUGACGCACCCGCAGGACGCCUACUGCAACUCCGACAUCGUGAUUCGAGCUAAAGUGGUGGCGAAGAAGCUGCUACACGACGGACCCUUUGGAACAAUGCGCUACACAGUCAAGCAAAUGAAGAUGUACAAGGGAUUCGACAAAGUCCAGCACGUGCAGCACAUUUACACAGACGCAUCGGAGGGUUUGUGUGGCGUCAAGUUUGACAUCAACAAAUAUCAGUACCUGAUCACAGGACGUGUGUAUGAUGGCAAAGUCUACACAGGGCUCUGCAACUUCAAUGAGCGAUGGGAGAGACUCUCACUGGCACAGAAGAAGGGCAUCAACCACAGAUACCAGCUGGGCUGUAACUGCCGGAUCAAGCCCUGCCACUACCUGCCUUGCUUCGUGACCUCUAAGAACGAGUGCUUAUGGACAGACAUGCUGUCCCAUUUCGGCUAUCCUGGCUACCAGUCCCGGCACUACGCUUGCAUCCAGCAGAAGGAGGGCUACUGCAGCUGGUACAGGGGCAUGACCUCCCGCGACAAAACCACCAUCAACACCACCGACCCCUGAGCCUGCCUUCUCCAGUUUUUGUUUGUUUUGUUUUGUUUUGUUUUUUUUUUUACCCCUGAUUCGUUCGACUGAUCGACUCUAGAGUAUCGCAGGACUCUAAAAGCUCACCGGCCCAGGGGGUUCGCCCUGCGUUGACGUGGCAACUGUGCCUGUUUCAUAGCACUUCUGAGAGAAUUAUUAUUUUUUAGUUUUGUAGACGUUUGUCAAACUGAUCAGAGCUCAGCUGCGGUCACCAAUUACUCACCAAGAACCAAUCUUUUUUUUUUACUGUAUUUAUAGAAUGGAGAGUUCAGUUUCCCAGAGCGCAAACAUAAAAUAAAAGAGUGCUUGACUAUUGAGGUUGUAUAAAGGCUAUAAGCUAUCGAAAAGUAUCGCAGCUGUACCUCUUUGAUAUUUAUCUGUAGUUAGCUCUUGAUGUGCUGUAUAUUUAAAAACAACUUGUUACCCAUAACAUGCCAAAUAUACUUUCGGGCCGUAAUUACAGCGGUACUUUUUAGUUUGUCUGAGAAAGAGCAGAGAUAUUUUUAUGUAAAUCUUUUUGUAUUUAAAUAUUUGUCAUGGACAUAUCGAUAUAUACAUAGAUAAAGAAAUGGAUAUUGUCACUAAACUGAACUAUCUUCACCUUCUCUUCAAUCUUCCAUUCAUUCCAACACAAAACACCUCAGAGGGAGACGGAGCCUCGUGGAUGAAAUUUGCGGAGAUCAGAAACUGUAGUGAAGUUGUAGUGAAGCUGCUAAUGUUUAGGACUGUCAGCGUUUGAGUAAACAUGGCAAUACUGGUCUUUGGAAAGUGUUACACUGCUUAUAAAGCAUAGUGAAAGCUCAUUCAAUAAUCUACUAACAGUGGCCACAUUAUCUUGCCCAGCAAGUGAAACACAUUUCACUCUACGCUGUAGAGGGAAGUUCCAUUAAAUCUUACAGUACAGUCUCAUGUUUAUUGGCUUAAAUACGACUUGGUACAACCUGUUUUACGCAGUAAAGUUAAACAAAAUUAAAUAGUACUCAGUUUAAGGUCAAGGUUACAGUGGCACAACUUGCAUCCAAAACAACUGCAGCUGGUGACGGUGGAUAGAAUGAGUGCCAGAAGUAACACUCAUGAGUGAAAGUUGCAAAACUGAAAUGACAAUUGAUUUAGAUGAAACUUCAUAUCCAACCAAGUGUUUUUUUUUGUUCCCAAUGUUUUUCAACAGACUUGCCAAGAUUUGCGACACAUUUCUAAACUCUGCUUAACGUCUGAUGAAGUCCGCACAGAACAUUCCUUGAUCAUGAUACAUGGAACAGUAUAAAGGUUGACUAGUUAACAAGUCCAAGUACUAAAACCACUCAGUCUAGAUGCAUGUUAGGCAUGUUGUUUUGGUGAAUCCUACAGGGUGACGAGGCUCUUUAUCCCGACCAGGCGUUUGUGUGUCACUAUUUCUGUGGUUCAUGUUUGUGUAUAUCAACUGUUUCAGUUACUGGUCAAAUGAAAAAAAAAAAAACAAGAAAAUCCAAUCAUGGAGUGAUUCCUGAAGUGUGUGUGGAUGGGGUUUGUUGUCUCCUCGUAGAAGUUUGACUUAAUUUCUGUGUUUUGUAUUUUUAUAAUAAAGACUUAAUGAAAAACUACAAAA